AUGGCAGACAACGAAAAGCCGCCCGCUCAUCCCUUGUCCAAUACAUCUGUGAGAAACAUGGCGCAGCCACUCAACACUACCCCAGUCCCAGAUCCCAUACCUGCCGUGAAUCAUCCAGGUCACUAUGUGGUCGAGAUACAUAGGACUUUCUUCCGCACGGAGCUGAACCAUGCUGAGGAAGACUUCGUUCCCCGGCGCUACCUUGAACUUGCAGAGGCAUCAAAUGAUUAUAGAAUCUCUCCAUGGAUCAUGCAUGCCUUCCGAACCCAGAAGGGAGUCAUCAACUUCGCCGAAUGGAGCCAAUGGGACCCGCGAUUCCGCAAGACCUUCGAGAGCUUGAUUGAGAAUCCUUGCCUCCGAGAGGGUCUGCUUGCUGGUGGGUAUGAGGCCACAGGGCUGCCUACCGACAAUCGGCCCCUGGACGAGACCGAGGCGCGGCGUUUCGGCCGGAUCGUGAGACUGCAGCAGCGUGCCAUUGUGUCCUUCCUGCAGAAUGCCUUGAAGGGUGCCUCGAUCGCUCACAGGACCCCCGAUGGGAAGUUCAAGCUGUCUCUGACUCCUCGGUACCGCCGGAAGCGGAUUGCGUAUUUCAUGAACCGCAUGAGCAGGAGGAGGGCAACCUAUACUGGGCCCGAAACCCACGCUUUCCUGACGGUGGAUCAUCCGAACGAGCGCGUCUUCAGCCGUAAUGUGGUUCCCAUCACAGUGACCGACAACCCCCACAUCACCGUCCCCGCCCACUUCCACAAGUCCGUCGAGAUCCUCGUCGGACAGUUCUGCUAUCAGAUGCGGGACCUAACCAACAACAUCUUCAGUCUUGCGGACCAAGAUGCGUAUCUCCUCCACCUGCACGGGUCGCACCUCCACCUGCUCCGCCUGGUCGCUCCGGGGUUCAAGACCUCGCAGAUCCGCUCCCACACGCACGAAGGUUUCGUUCACGGGGAGACGUACACCUCCUUGCCGUCCCACUUCGCCGAGAGUCUCGCCCUGAGUCUUCUCGGUGACGCGGACGGCGAUCGCAGGGCGCUGCGCACUCGCCUCGAGACAAGGCAGAUCCGCAAGGUCUUGGAGCAGAUCAAAUGGUUCCGUCUAGAUCGCGGCGCCGACACCGAGGGGACCAUCGAGCAGGCGCUGAACCAGGAUUGCAAGGUGUUCCAGGUCUUGGUGAGUCAGGAAUAUGACCUCUGGACCUGGGAGGGGUUCCGUGGGGCUGUGCGUCUGGUCUCGGGGCUCUGUCGGUAUCUGAUGAGUGGCACGGCUCGGGUGGGCUCGGUGCAGAGGAUGUUUUGGCGGUGGCCUAAGAGGGAGGAUCGCAGUAAUGAUUACGAUGAGGACGAGUUCGCUUGGUUCUGGAGGUACAAUUGGGGUCUUGAGGAUGAAGAGGAGGAUGAAGAUGGAGAUGGGGUUAGUUUUGAUUCCUCGGACCAAAAUCCUGAGUAUGAGAACCUCGACGAUUAUGAGACGGAGCUUGGAGUCGAGCAGGAUGCUGACUUGGAUAUGUAUGGGAGUGAGGAUGAUGAGCACGAAGAGGUGAGUGACGAACAGGAUGCAGACACCGAGUGA